AUGGCUCUUCCCGCUACAACUCAUGAAUAUAUCAUUCCCAAGGUUGGCUCUUACAACAAUUUGAAGCUGCAAGAGAGGCCAACGCCGCAGCCACGCCCCGGCGAAGUUUUGGUCAGAGUGCAUGCUGUUUCGCUCCAGUACCGGGAUCUUUUAGUUUCCAAUGGGCAUUACCCUGUUGGCCGUACAGAAAACAUUGUUCCAUGCUCCGAUAUGGCUGGCGAAAUUGUCGCCCUUGGGUCGGAUGUCAAAGGAUGGAAGCAUGGCGACCGGGUUUGCGCUAAUUUCGCCUUUGAACAUAUUCACGGGGAUACCAACGAGGAAAUUUUGAGAUCAGCUCAUGGUGGCCAAGCUGAUGGGGUUUUGACGGAAUACAAAACAUUCCCUGCAUACUCACUCGUUGGCAUUCCCGAUCAUCUAUCCUAUGAAGAAAGCUCUACGCUCCCUUGCGCUGGCUUAACGGCUUACAAUGCUUUGAAUGGACCUAAGCCAAUCAAAUCUGGUGAUUUUGUUCUCGUUCUCGGCACUGGUGGUGUUUCGUUCUUUGCAUUGCAGUUCGCCAUUGCAGCUGGUGCGAUCGUCAUUGCAACAUCCUCCUCGGACGAGAAGUUGAAGCUCGCUGCUAAGCACGGAGCCAAACAUACCAUCAACUACAGAACGACUCCGAAUUGGGAUGAUGAAGUUUUGAAGAUUACGAAGGGGGUCGGCGUUGACCAUGUAGUCGAAGUUGGCGGAAAGGGGACUCUGCCACGCUCAAUUAAUGCAGCUCGAUAUGGUGGCAUAGUGCAUUUAAUUGGUUUCGUCUCCAAGGACGACACCGAUUUUGACCUGGUCAAACUAAUCAUUGUUAAAUCUGUCGUGCUUCGGGGUAUCAUGGUUGGCUCCGUCACACAGUUCAAAGAUAUGAUUCGCGCAAUGGAGGCGAACCCAGCAGUGACCAGACCCGUCAUUCACAAACAUUUUAAGUUCGAAGACGCAAUCAAGGCUUAUGCCUACCUUGAGUCGCAAGCGCACACAGGAAAAGUUGUGAUCCGGGUAUUAAAACACUAA